AUGCAUUUCACCACAUCCCAAAUCUUGCUGCUGGCAGCCUACUUGAUGCCAAGCGUCCACUCUCACCCUAUGAACUGCUCGCCGCAGUCGAGUAACGCCAUUUUCUUCUUGACCAAUGAUCAGAAGAACUCUGUCGCUGCCAUUCCAAUCGGCCAAGGAGGAAUGCUGUCUGGUGGUUCGGUGACAGCCACUGGUGGUGCUGGGUCCAACAGUCUUGACGCUGCCGGAAAGGCUGCCGCGCCAGAUCCGCUCAUCGGCCAGUCUGCACUUGCCGUCGCAGGAGGGAAUGUCUUUGCUGUCAACGCUGGCAGCAACACCUUAUCGAUGCUGGCCAUUGACAAACAAGACCCAAGCAAGCUCACCAUGGUUGGGCAACCGAUGCCGGUCGAAGGAGAAUUUCCAAACACUGUUGCAGUAUCCAUGAAGCACAAACUUGCGUGUGUUGGUACUACUGGCGCCAAAAACGGGGUUUCCUGCGCUACAUUCUCCAAACAAGGAUUAGGAAAAUUUGAUGGCCUCAGAUCCUUCGGUCUAAAGCAGACAACACCACCCGUGGGCCCAACGAACAGCGUGUCACAGCUUUUCUUUUCCGAUGACCAAAACACCCUUUUUGCCACUGUCAAGGGAGACCCAGCAGUGAACAACACCGGUUUUUUCUCGACUUUCAAAGUCCAACAAGGUCCAGCAGGCAUGGGCAAAGGCGCGGGUUCUCUCGCUACACAGGACACUAGAAGCUCGCCGGACGGAACGGCAGUUCUAUUCGGAUCAGCCGUCAUUCGAGGUACCUCGAACGUGUUUGUCACUGACGCCUCUUUCGGCGCUGCCGUUCUGUCGGUCGAUGCUGCUGGCACAGCCAAGCUUGUUGCUAAGCAAGCUAUUGCUGAUCAAGCCGCCACAUGUUGGGCUACCAUCUCACCUGCGACCGGGAGCGCAUUUGUUACCGAUGUCGGAAAGAACCGAGUGAUUGAGAUGAGCUUGACAGACGCCAGUAUCCUGGGCAACACUGACCUGUCUGCUAAUGGUGCGCCUGGUUUGAUCGACCUCGCAGCAGCUGGUACUGCCAUCUACGCCCUUAGCCCUGGUAAUGGCACAACACCAUCUGCUAUUUCAGUGUUGGAUGUGUCAGGAGGUAAAGGAACUGCAGAGCUGCUGCAGAACUUCGAUGUGUCGAGCUUGGGAGUGGGACCUAACGCCCAAGGCAUGCAAGUCCUGAGGAAGUAA